UCUUUGCUUAGUACAUUAAGUAAGAAAGAUGAGGGUUGGAAGAGUCUCCUACUAGUUAGCAUCUUCUGAAACACAGGCACAUAUUACAUGUGCAUGCGUACUUAGGGAGCGCUGGGGAGUUUCCGGUCCUUUUACCUUCUGUAUAUGGGUAUUUUGCCUGCACACAUGUAUGUGCCCCAUGUAUGUGCAGUGCUAUGGAGACCAGGAGAGGGCAUUGGAUCCCCUGGGAUUGGAAUUAGACUUGAGUCCUGUGUGAGUUUUGGGAACCAAACCCGGGACUCUGGAAGUACAUUUAACACCAUUUCUCUUGCCCUCCCAGUCCACUUUUAAAUCUUCUGGAAAUAUUUAAAUCACCAGCAGGCCUCCCAUCAGCUUCCUUCCUCCACCAAUUGACCCUCUGGACUCUCAUCUGAGGCUGGGAUGGAACUGAAACCUGCCUUUUUUUUUUUCUUCCCUGGGAUAUGUGAGAACUGCCAAGGUCUGAAUUGUGCAACGCUGAGUAACAUCCCCUGGCCCCAGCUAAAAGACGUCAGCCUUCUGCCCCUCACUGUUGGACAGACUCCGAGGACCAAAGUAAAGACCCAAGAAAUGACACAGAUGAUGGCACCUGGGCUUAAAAGUCAUGGAACCCAAGGGCUUCCCUCAGGUCCCAAAGUCCGUUCACUGUGGACCAGGAACAGGCAGGCAGCCUGAUUACAAAUGACUUCCCAUGAGCCAACACCAAUGGAAGUCAGGCGAGCCUAGAGGAUGACAAGAAGAAAGGGAGCCAUGAUGAGGUGGGAAAACCGGACAAGUGUGAGAAAAUGGACCCAGAGAAGAGUGACUCGGAGGCCAGCGCCGCAGGGCCACAGGACGACGCCUCCAAAGAAAGAUGUCUCUCUGUGGCUGAGGAGGAGCAUCCAGAGUCCAUGACGCUGGAUAACCUUCUAGAAAAACAGAAACCAUCUGUGUUUGUGGAGAUCGACCUGGGCGACCAUACUGAGGAGGAGGUCAUCACCUGUGCCAUUAAAGAAGAGAAGAGGCCCCCCCAUGACACAGGGUACUUGUCUGAAGAUGAGAUAAGGACCAGCUGGGUGUGUUGCCUUCCUUACCACACAAAGAAGAAGACAAAGGAAAACAGCAGUGCUUCAGAGAAGGGCCAGAGUGACAGCAGCCAACGGAUACUCAAGGCAAGGGACCCUCUUCCAAUCCAAGUCCAAUCACAGCCCUAGGAACCAACUCUACAGGACCAACAGGCACUCCCGCUUCCUGGCUAUCACAGGACUUAAGCGCCAGCUAAUUGUUCACUAAAGGGAACAACACAAUAUGAACGCAUCGCUGGAGUUACAAUGUCGUAUAUAGACAACUUUCAGGCCGCAGCUGGAGAGGAGAGGGGACAAGGUCACCUCAGAACUGGUUCUUCCCACACCCACAUCCUUACACCUCAGGCCCUGGGCCACAACUCUCCUUAGUACCUCUAUCUGGAAGUCUAGUUCUCUAAGGAUGCUUGGGGAGGUGAACUCCCCAGUCGCCUUCCCAUGUGAACCCCUCAAUCACCUUCCCAUGUGACCCCCCCUCCUUCAAUCACCCUCCCAUGUGACCCCACAUACACAAAUCUAAGCAAAACAAUUCCUCAAACAUC